CUUUGUUUUCGCCAGUUAAAUAACUUUGUGACAUCGCAGUAACUUUCGGACAGAGUUUUAGAUUCUUAAUAAUUUUCUAUUUUAACUGGAAAGUUUAUAACUUAAGUUCUAAGCAUUGGUCAAAAUAUAUAUUUUAAAAAUAAGGCGAGGACCUUCUCAGCUCUGAACUGACUGAAGCCAGAACAGGGAGAUCUGAUGGCGUACGUAAGCUGGUUAAUAGCACUGUAUCUGUUCAUAGCUGCAAUCGGAGUACAUACUGCAAAUGGACAAGGAGCAUGUGGAUUCUGUCCCCAACCAAGAUACUAUGAAAGAGUUUGCGGUUCUGAUGGGAAAACGUAUCCUUCUAAAUGUCUCCUAUUUAAACUAGCAUGUGAGCUAGGAAAGGAAGACCUUUAUGUGCAGUUUGCCGGGAGGUGUGAACUGGCAAAUUGGGAAGAUGAAACGCCAACAACACCCGAACCAACAACAGAGCAGAAAAUAACAACUGUUAAAAAAGUACAAGCUUUAUUCAUGAGUGGAAUAUUUAGAUGUCUAUCACUAAACAUCAUCUGCCCUCGACGACUGACCAUUGGAGAGGUAUGUGGUACUGACCAGAUGACCUAUGAAAACGAAUGCAUGAUGCGGCGAACAGCAUGCAGAACCGGAGUGGUCAUUGAAAAGUCACGAGAUGGACCAUGCGUUAUGGCAAUUCAACCUGCAAAAACCAAACCCAAAAAAGCGCCAGUUACUGAAAGUCCUUAUUCAUGUGCAAGACUAAAGAAAAAUAGAGCUAUGCUACACGAUGUAUGUGGUGUUAAUGGCAUGACAUAUCAAAACGAAUGCAAGUUACGGAGAACGGCCUGUAAAUACGGAUCUCCCAUAACCAAAGCUUAUAGUGGAAAAUGUGUUAAACAUCAAGCACAACAGGCUCAACCUAAGACGUGUCCCAAGAGAUGUCCAAGACCAGACAAAAAUGAUAAAGUAUGUGGAUCUGAUUUAAGAUCGUAUCCAUCUGAAUGCGUUCUAAAGAAAAAAGCCUGUGAGAAAAAAGAGACAGUAGGUGUACUUUCCCGAGGAAAAUGUCCCAGGAAGUCGCAAUUAAAAAGAACAACCACAACGACUCAAAAACCUACAACACUGCCUAUCGUUACGACGACCAUACCAACUACUAUUACGUUGACGACUGUCGAGCCAACGGAAGCUGCCUUCAGCGUAAGUGGAAAUGCAGGAGAGAUGAUGAUGCCUAGAGAUGAAUCAUCUCCUGAAGAAGAUUCAUUCGAUGCAGUGGGUGAAGCUUCUAUACCAGCCAAAGAGCAAGAUGUAUUUGGCACUGUGGUUCAAGCUACUCUACCGCCGCUGCCAGUCAAAGAGCAGGAAAUAUUUGGCAUAGUGGGUGAAGCCACUCUACCACCGCUGCCAGCCCAAGUACAAGAUUCAUUGGAUUCAGUUGGUGAAGCAUCUUUGGUAGCUCAAGAACAGAAUUCAUUUGACGCAGUCGGUGAAGCCUCUAUACCAGAGCAACCUUUCGACCCAACUACUCCCGAACCUCUUCCCCCUACAGAACCUAAUAUAUCUGAAGUGGAAUUUGAUAUCCUAACAAACCCUCCAGAUCCACCACGCCGAAAAGUUAAAGUUACAAUAAGCAGUAGCAGUGGUAGUAACGAGGUGGUGGCGAAUACUGGGGUAGGACCUGCAGUGUCUUCAGCGUAUGAUUCCUCCUCAUUUUAUAUGAUAUAUAGGCCUAGAAGCCGAACUGGACAACUUCGACGACGACAACAGCAACAGCAGCAGCAGCAGCAGCAAAAACAGCCGGUAGUCCAUGGGGGUCAAAGUGGAAGUAACAUGCGAUAUAGAUAUCAGACAUACCGGCGGCGACAAAGGGUGAUGGGGCAGUACAAAGCACAAAAAAUAGGGGGUUCAUCGGGUGGACAUAGUGGAGUGGGUAGACGCAGAUAAAAUGGAGAUAUAAGCACUAUAUAGUCAUGUAUAAACAUACCAAUAUUUACCAUUACUUUGUUUAUAUUGGUUAUUUUGAUCAAAGGCCUACCUUUGAUUAUUUAUCAAAUUUGAAAACAAAGUAAAAAUAAACAAACUAUUCUGUUAAUUAAAUUUUUUAAACACUUUGCUAUCUGUAUAAUUUUAGCUAGGAAUAAAACGUGCCUAAUACAAAUAAACAAUUUUUAUAUUUCGUCCAUAAUCCACAAAUAAUCAUGCACCGUAUAUACGGCCGUUUUAUGAUCUAAUCUUCCUCACGUUAAUCAGUGCACAAUAUUUUGUAUUGUUAAUGAAGAUAAUUCGUUUUAUUAAAUGAUUCAGUAGUUGAGACUCGGGCCAAAUAAAUCUGUAAGGUUUGUCUAAUUAUAUAAAAUACAUUUUCUCAGACUGACCACUGUGUCUUUAGAACCCCACUGGCCAUCUUUUUGCCAGUUGUAUAAUUUGUCAAAAAUAAAAACAGGAAAAUUUAAAGUGAAAUUAGGAAUGUAUAGAAUUUAUGUUUAUUUUUGGACUAACCAUAAUUAUUUAACAUGAAAGAUCUUUCACAUUUACAGUACGUUAGUACUACUAUGGUUCAGGGUAUAUCUUGGCUAAAUUAUUUACGCUGCCUUUUGCAUUCACAUUAUUGUUAAUUAUUUGAAGCAAACUCUAGUAUAGACUAAGAUAUCAGCAUCUAAAAUUAGUGGAGCUGGUUAAAAUGUUGCCUUCAAAUCCAACAGUCCUGUGUUCAAAUUCUGUCAUAACGCAGAUUUUUCUUCAGUACUAAAACUUUUCCAAAUACUGUACUGUAUACUCCACCUUGUGCGAGAACAAGUACCUUGUUACUGGUUAAGUAAAUAAUAAAGAAAAAUAAAAGGCAGACAGGUAUCUAAUUCUUGUCUAACUGCAAAUUAUGUCCGAAGGCAUCCUUGUAAGCUAGUGUCACGGGGAUUUUCCCUCCUUCCUCUGCAAACGUAACGGAAAUACGUAUAAAUCCAGUAUAUCAUUAUUUUGCAUACCAUUUUGCACACCAUCGCAUAGAUCAUUAAAAAAAUCAUAUGCUUAGAUCCACGUGGCUUGAUUCACAAUGCUUGUGUAUAGAAUUUAGUAGGAAUUUUCAGAUUUAAUAAAAAUUUGCAGAGGA